ACACGCACUUGAGACCUCAUCAGUGAUGGGGGAGAUAAUCUUCACAAAUGCCUUUUUCAUCAGUCAAAAGCUCGGCGGGGCUGCUGGGUGCCGGUGGUCGUGUCUGGGCUGACUGUGUGGGUGCAGGGAAGGGGCGGCUCGGGGUGGGGGAGCCCGUGUCAUUCGGUGGGAAUUGCCUGCUCCCACAGCGGCAACAUUUAUCGCAAAAGCAGGAAAUUGCUUAUUAUUAAAUAGCUGGCAAGGGAGUGGGAGCCGAUGCUGUUCCACACUGGCACAGCACUUACUUUGCUGCUUUCCCUGCCUCUCCUCAUUCCGUUCUUUCUUUUUCUUCUUCCCCCUCUUUCUCUCUCUCCCCUCUCUCUCUCUCCUCUUCUUUUUUUCAUUUUGGCUUCUAUUCAAAUGUGGGUCAGGGGUGAGCGGCUCCCAACGUCACAAGCUUGCAAGAUGGCGCUGGGAGGAAGGCUGUGAGAUGAGGAACAGGCUGGUAUAAACCGAGAGGACAGGAGAGGGAGAGGAGAGGGGCAGGGGAAGCAGAGCCGCUGCUCCAGAUGCACUAAGAAGGAAGCUAUUCUGUACUGAAUCAGCAUGGGAUAGAGUGCCUAGAAGAUGUUCAGACCAAGCACAGCUAGCGCGCCUGGUUCUCCAUUCUGCAUCCGUGCAGCCACGUUCUAUUGAUGGCCUGUUGUGAUUUCAAUGGAACAUCAUGGGAUGUACCUGGCACGUCGGGCAGCACUGGAUGGAGGUGCCUUUAGCCCAAUGUACCUGGCAUGGUGGUAAAGUGAAGGUGAAAGGAAGAGAAGGUGGAGAUGGAACUGCCAAAUCAUGCCAAACAACUGCUACUGCAGCUGAACCAGCAACGAGCCAAAGGUUUCCUCUGUGAUGUGAUCAUUGUGGUAGAAAAUGCCCUGUUUCGUGCCCAUAAGAACAUCCUGGCAGCCAGCAGCAUGUAUUUCAAAUCCCUUGUCCUGCAUGACAACCUGAUUAACUUAGACACGGACAUGGUGAACCCCACCGUGUUCCGUCAGAUCUUGGACUUUAUUUAUACUGGUAAGCUCUUAACGACUGACCAGCCCGGUGAACAGAACUUCAGUGCUCUCCUCACCGCAGCAAGCUACCUCCAACUGCACGACCUGGCAGCUCUCUGCAGAAAGAAGCUAAAGCGGAACAGCAAGUCCUUCUCUGGCAAGGCCAGUGGCCUUGGUGUUGGGAGAUCUGCCAGGAGUCAGAGACUUUCCGCUGCUUCUGUCAUUCAAGCUCGCUAUUCAGGGUCAAAUGAGGGGUUGAAGGGCUCGCAUACAAAGGAGCUGUCAAAGGGAAAGCUCUCUGAUGAUGAGGUCUUUAUCAGCAGCUCCAAUCAAGAGAAUUGUCACUCCUUAAGCAGGGGAGCCAGUAAGAAUUGUGGUGGGGGUGGUAGUGCAAAUGGGAGCACUGGUGACCAGGAGCUAGGCCUCGAUUUGUCCAAAAAAAGUCCAUCACUCCCUGUUGCAGCCUCUCACGAUGACACGCAGCACAGCGAAAGCCAGCAUGGCUCUCCUCAAUCUGCCUCAGCCCCUGCAGCCAACAGUGCCUCAUCGUUUGACGAGUCUGGAGUUGGAGCCCCUCACAGCAUAGCGGACAGCAGUGACCCCAUGGAGAUGGAUCUGAGCGAAGAGUGCCACCACUCGCUGACAGAGAGCAGCCAGCGCAAGGGCCUCCGGCAUUCGUCCCGUAAGAAGGAGUGGAUCAAGAAAGAUAAUGCCUUUGACCGAAAGGAUGGAGGCAAAGACAGGGAUGAAGGUGAAGGGCUGCCCAAUGGGAUCUUGCUGGGGCCCUUGUCCAAGUCUGUGGAGCGGAGCCUGGCUGGGGCUUAUGGCGCAGACCUGCCCUACUCGUGUAAGGAGGAGGUAGAAAAUGGUAAGGAGAACAGUGAUGAUAGUGGCCAGAGUGAGAGCGAGAGUGGUGGGCAUACCAGUGCCAACUACGUCUACCGACAGGAGGGGUUUGAGCCAGUGGCGUAUGGUGACAACCUGUAUGUCUGCAUUCCCUGUGGCAAAGGCUUCCCCAGCUCUGAGCAGCUGAAUGCCCACGUGGAGACACACACCGAGGAAGACCUUUACAUCAAGGAGGAAGGCACAUAUGGUGGCAAGGAUGAAGCUGAAGAUUUGUCCAACCCCAACCAGUCCUACUCUGCAGAGUCCCGGCCCUUCAAGUGCUCGGUGUGUGAGAAGAGCUACAAGGAUCCAGCGACACUGCGACAGCAUGAGAAGACUCACUGGCUGACGCGGCCUUUCCCUUGCAACAUCUGCGGCAAGAUGUUCACACAGCGGGGCACCAUGACACGGCACAUGCGCAGCCACCUGGGGCUCAAGCCCUUUGCUUGUGAGGAAUGCGGGAUGCGCUUUACCCGGCAGUACCGACUGACAGAGCAUAUGCGUGUCCACUCAGGAGAAAAACCCUACGAAUGUCAACUGUGUGGUGGGAAGUUCACCCAGCAGCGCAAUCUGAUCAGCCACCUGCGAAUGCAUACCUCUCCCACAUAAGCCAAAGACUCCAGAAUGAGCUUCGAGCCCAUCCGCAGUGAUUUACCUUUCUGUAAGACUUGCUGCUUAAAAAAAAACAAAAACAAACAAACAAACAAACAAAAAAGGGGGCAACUCCCCACACUCUGUUCAGUCAUGGGAGGCCGAAACAAAUGUAGCUUUAACAUUUUUUAAAAAAGUUGUUUUUUUUUUAAAAAAAAAAAGGUCCACAGCCAAGCUGAUGCAUUUAGUCCAACUCUCCCUCAAAAUCUUGGUGAUCUAGCAUGAAAUGUCACUUCUUUCCAUGUGCACUGACUUCACUGUCAUUUUGGUAAUCUGAAGCAAGAAGGAGGACCGCAGGGAACUUUUGUCUCUGCUGGAUCCAGCCUCCCUGCCUCUUUCCUAUGCGAUGCUGUGGCCCUAGUCAUGUCCUCACUUAAAAUCAAACUCAGUAGGGUAUUUCUUGCCGUUCAAAAGGAAAUAGCAUACAUCUGUGAAAAAACAUUGCACUGCCCUCACAAACACGGAAGCUGUGUCUGUGGACCAUCUUGCAGGGUUGGCAGCCCUUCUGGAUGCUGUGGUAAAGCCAAAGCAGUGGUGGAACUCACCACCCACCCUGCUGGGCUGGCCAUGGUGGGGACAGCCUUCCACCUGGGCAUGCAGUGCCAGGGUGCUUUGCUUAAAGAGCUGGUGAUGCUUUCCUUGCCAUCCCUCGCUCAUUUGGUUUUAAUCUUUAUCCUUGGCAUGAGUAAUCACACACCACCUUUUCCCACAAAACAUGCAAACCUCUUCAGCCUUACCCAUGACUGAACAGGGACUGGAUGCCCUGAGAAUUUUUCAGUGAGCAGGGGGUCGUCUUUACUUUUCUAGUAGUUUCGUAUGAAUAUUCUUUGCUUAGAGGUACUUUUAUUAAAGGAAAAACCAUUGUAACGUUUAUGUGAAUGUUUGAACUGGAAGGUCUGAGGUUAAUUCUAUGGUGGGUGGGUAGGGAGGGGGUUUGAUGUAGGCUGGACUUGCUACAAGUUCCUUAGGUACUUUUUUAUUAUUGUUUAUUUUAUUUUUUUUUUUUGUGUGUGUGUGUGUGUAUGUUUUUAGCUUUCCUCCCUCACUAAAGAACAAGUCUGUGUGUACAGACUUGUUACCUUUGCUACCUCUUGAAUUCAUGAGAACAAUAAGAUGGUUAGUGAAAGAUUAGGCAUUUUUUUUUUCUUAUUGUAAGUAUAAAAGUAGAAGCUAAAUUAAAUUAAGGGAUUUUUACCACCCUGUCCUUCCAUCAAAAGUCAGCUAGAGAAAUGUUAAAGCAAAGCUUGGCCAAAGACAAAGCAAAAAAUAUGCUGAGCCAGAAGCUGUGCUGGCUGCUCGGCCUGGCUUGCUUGCAGUCUCUUGGCUGUUUGUAGUCACUUUUAGAUAAAAGAAGAAAACUUCUCUGAGCUUUCUGGGCCCUUUCCAGCUUUGUUUAUUGAAUCUGGAUACUAUGGGGAGAGGAAAAUGCCCCCCUCAUCUUCCACUCCCCCAGCACAUCUGGGUCAGUCUGUAAACACCUGGCAGGACAGAGGGUGAGGGCAUAGCAGCCUAUAAUUUACUAGAAUCCAGAGUGCAAUAAGGUGGAGGAGAGGAGGAAAAAGCAAACCAAAGUGUUUCAUAUCCUCCUUUUUACAUAGUUUAACACACGCACACAAAAAGAAAGAAAAAUGAAAAGAAAAAGAAACAAAAUGUUCUUGCAACAUCUGCAUAAGACAUCACAGCCAACAGCUGCUAUUGGUUUAGGAGAAGAGACAGAGAACUCAGCUCACCAAUUCUUGGCCCCCUUGACUUUGUUGGCGUGACCUUGUGGAAAGCUAUGGCUUAUUUCAAGCCUCCCGUGACUGUGGUGGUAAAAAUUCACAGCCAGUAGAAUCAUCCCUUCUGAAUUGAGAAAAGUUUACACUUGUAUUUUUUCUCUCUCUUUUUUUUUUCCCACUCAAACCAGUAUAGUCUCUGCAUAGGGUUUUCCAAACCUCACAUUUUAUCUUUUUUAAAAAAUAAACUUUUUUUUUU